AGGCGUACGCUAUACAAUGGUUGGUUAGAUUAAUGGUGCGACCAACUGUACCUACCCGAGUCCCCUUCCAAGCCUCCCUAGGUACGAGAAUUUAUUACUCCAAUUGCCUUCGGGGUAAAAGGAUGGCAUCGGGGUCCAUUAAACCAAAUAAGGUAGCAAGCACGACUGGCCGGCCGGCCUUGUGUGACAUGAACUCAGUUCCUAAAGCAAAUAGUCCCACAGCCGAUGGUGGUGUGGAUGUGCUGUGUCUUUCCCUCUUUGGGCCUUCUGGUCGAUUCUGGUUCGCCUAUGAGCUCACAAUAAUCCUCCCAUCACACUGGAACGAACAUGGAACGCCAUACUUUUCGGUCUUUCCUCCAGUUCCAUUUCCAUUCUAUAGCAAUCGUACCUUGAUUCUGUAAUCUCACCAAGUCAAGGCUGCCGGCUGAUCCUUGCAGCCACACACUUCCCCUGGCAAAUGUGCCCAAUUAUACAAAGCUUAUCGCAAAAAUGUCGGUGCCUCCCC